AUGAAGUAUGACCACAUCCCUGGGCCACCGCGAAACAGCUUUUUAUUUGGACAUUUGAGUCUCUUCUUGGAUUCGAUGAAAAAAGAUCAGCUAAUCUUUGACAAAAUGAGAGAAUGGGCAGAGACGUACGGACCGGUGUACAAGUUAAAUAUGUUUCACACAGUUUUUAUUUUCGUCACGUGUCCAGAGGCUACUAAGGAAAUUCUCAUGUCUUCAAAGUACCCCAAAGACAAAAACUUUCACAGAAGAAUUUUCAAUCUUUUUGGACAAAGGUUCUUGGGAAAUGGCCUGGUGACAGCAGUGGAUCAUGAUUUGUGGUAUAAACAGCGUCGCAUCAUGGACCCCGCCUUCAGCAGCUUAUAUCUGAGGGGCAUGAUGGGCACGUUCAAUGAGAGAGCGGAGAAACUCAUGGAGCGGCUUUCUGUGGAGGCCGACAACCAGACUGAAGUGUCCAUGCUUCAGCUGGUCAACUGUGUUACUAUGGACGUUAUAGCAAAGGUUGCAUUUGGAGUUGAGUUGGAUCUUCUCAACAAAAGUUCUCCUUUUCCAAAAGCCGUUGAGAAGUGUCUGGCAGGUCUCGUAGUACAUGCACGAAAUAUAUUUUAUGAGUUUGAUCCAAGGAACAGAGCAUUCAUAAAAGAGGUGAGGGAAGCCUGUAAGCUGCUGCGCAUCACUGGAGCUGAGUGGAUCAAAAACAGACAACAGGCCAUGCAAGACGGAGAGAAUGUCCCCAAAGACAUCCUCACACAGAUCAUCAAAUCAGCCGGACAAGAGGACAGUAUGACCAAAGAGGAUGAGGAAAUCAUGUUGGACAAUUUUGUGACAUUCUUCAUUGCAGGUCAGGAGACGACAGCUAAUCAACUUGCCUUUUGUAUAAUGGAACUGGGAAGACAUCCUGAUAUCCUGGAAAAGUUGAAGAAAGAGGUGGAUGAUGUUAUUGGGAGUAAGCGAGACAUCAGCUACGAUGAUCUGGGGAACUUGACCUAUCUUUCACAAGUGCUGAAAGAGACUCUCCGGCUUUACGCAACCGCUCCAGGCACAAACCGUGAUGUUCCAAUGGACAUUGAGAUCAACGGUAUCCAUAUUCCUGCAGGAGUCACAGCCGGGUUCAGCUCUUUUGUAACCAGCAGAAUGGAGAGAUUCUUCAAAGACCCUUUGAAGUUUGACCCCGACAGAUUUCAUCCUGAUGCUCCAAAGCCGUAUUAUUGCUACUUCCCCUUUUCCCUCGGCCCUCGAUCGUGUCUUGGUCUGAACUUUGCUCAGAUGGAGGCUAAAGUGGUGCUGGCUAAACUGCUCCAGAGGUUUGACUUCAGCCUGGUCCCAGGACAGAGUUUUGAUAUUCAGGACAUGGGGACACUGAGGCCCAAGAGUGGAGUCGUCUGCACUGUCGAACACAGACUCAGCCAAUGA